CCGAAUCGCAUCGCAUCGCAUCGCCACCGCCGCCACCGCGCGCAACAAUUUUCACUUCAGUCAGCCGUGUGUUGGUCCGUGUCACGUGUCCCCGAUCCCGGAUUUCGUCGUCGUCGUGCCGACCGUCGUUUUUUAUAAUAUAUCGUACACGAGGAUAUUUAUCGCGCUCUCGGGGAUUCCAGAGUUUGCGUCCGACGUUUCCUGCACCGGAAGAAUAUUUUCGACUUCCCGCCGAAAGUUUUUUCAAUUUCAAAUUUUUUUUUUCAAAUUUUUAUAUCCCGCGUCCGGUUUUUGAACACCAAACGUUACCGACGCACGUACAACAACAAUAAAAAAACAAUAAUUACACAUGUUUAACAAUAAUAAUUUAAUAUAUAUCACAUUGUCGUAUAAAUAGACGCAACACACCGCAGUACGUACCUAUUUGUAUUUUGUUUUUGAUUUUGUUUGUGUGUAUAUGUGUGUGUGUGAGUCUGUGCGCGCGAGCGCGUGCUUAGUGUUUGUUAUUUUUUUUUACAUUUAUUAAAUUUUUUUUUUGCACGAAACCAUUUACCUCGAACAUUAUAAUGAAGGAAAAGAAGAUACUUCAAACGAAGUAUACCAUUCUACUGGUCCGUCGUACCCAAGUCCAUCGAGUAUGCUUCUAUUCCAGACACAGACCUCAUUCACGCCGAGCAGUUUUGCCGAACUGCUGUCCGGUUCGUAUUCCGAGCUGCCGCUGAACGAGGAGAUCGACUCGCUGACGGACGUGCAUGCCGUGCUGACGGACGCGGCCGAACAACAGCAACCGAAUCACCAGCAACAGCACCAGCACAAUGGUGCGUCGGGUCUCCAGUUGCCGAGUUUCCAGGAGACGUACGCCGCCACGGGCGCGGGCGUAGGGUUCAAAAUGGAAGAGGAUUACGGUUCGCCGACCGCUGCGGCGGCCGCGGUAACCAUGACCGCAUCAGCCGCUUAUCAUCAACAACACCACCACCCCCAUAUACACCUCCACCAACAACAGCAGCAGCAGCAUCUUCAUCAGCAGCAGCAACAGCAGCCACAGCCACAGCCGGUUCAUCAUCAGCUCCAGCACCAACACCAUGUCCAACAACACCAGCAGCAGCAACACAACGGACAGCAGCAUCAGCACCUCCAUCACGGACCGCCGGUCCCGGCCCCGCCGCUCAUACAUUUCAACUAUCAGUUUCAACACUUUCCGGGCGCGUUGCCGCCGCCGUCUCAGCAGCCGCCCGAUUCGCCUACCGCCGAUCAAGGCGGCACAGCGUCCGUGUUCGAACCCAUGUUGGAUCACGUGCAGGGUGUCAUGUCGCCCAAGCGACACCAUCCACAGCAUCACCACCACCACCAACAACAACACCACCAUCAACAGCAGCAGCAACAACAACAACAACAACAGCAGCAGCAGCACGUCGUUGCUGUAAAUCACCAGCACCACCAUCAGCAACAACAGUCUCUUCAAGUGCCUCAGCCGCCGCCGACGCCGCGGCCAGCGGUCACGUCUCUGAUGAUUGACGCGGCCACGGAGCAGCUGCAGCACGUCGUCAACAACGCCGCUUUGGUGGACGCCAACAGGAGCUCGAGGACUUCGUCGGUGGCUGCAGUGUUGGCGCUCAGGACCGCCACCGAUCCGUCCGCCAGCAACUCCCUGUCGCCGAAAUUACGGCACUGCAUCAACACACUGUCGGUGACCGUGCCCGUCGAAUGUUCACCGCCUACGCCAGACGCCGCUUGUAUUAUGCCGCAGAGGAACGCCACCGCCGUGGCCACUGCUCCGUCUUCGCCGUCCCAAUUGUGCGCCGUGUGCGGUGACACGGCCGCGUGCCAGCAUUACGGGGUGCGCACGUGCGAAGGAUGUAAAGGAUUUUUCAAACGGACCGUGCAGAAGGGCUCCAAGUACGUCUGUCUGGCCGACAAGAACUGUCCGGUGGACAAGCGCCGACGGAAUCGGUGCCAGUUCUGCCGAUUUCAGAAGUGCCUGCAGGUGGGCAUGGUGAAGGAGGUGGUGCGAACCGACUCGCUGAAGGGUCGCCGCGGUCGGUUGCCGUCCAAGCCCAAGUCGCCACACGGGUCGCCGCCUAGUCCGCCGGUGUCGCUCAUCACGGCGAUCGUCCGGGCCCACGUCGACACCAAUCCGGACUUCUCGUCGCUGGACUACUCUCAGUAUCACGAGCCAAAACCGUUUGAACCGCUGAUCACCGAAGCGGAAAAGAUUCAACAGUUUUUUGGAUUGCUCACGACGUCCGUGGAAGUGAUCAGACAUUUCGCCGAAAAGAUACCAGGAUUCAAGACUUUGUGCAAAUCGGACCAAGAUUUAUUAUUUCAGUCGGCAUCUCUGGAACUAUUCGUUCUCCGUCUCGCGUACAGGACAAAAUACGCCGAUACGAAACUAAUAUUUUGUAAUGGGGUGGUUCUGGACAAACAGCAGUGCCACCGGAGUUUCGGCGAUUGGCUACAAGCUAUAUUGGACUUCAGUCAAUCAUUACACUCGCUCGACAUCGAUAUAUCAUCUUUCUCUUGCCUGUGUGCCUUAACUCUGAUCACAGAACGACACGGUCUCAGAGAAGCGAAAAAAACUGAACAGAUCCAGAUGAAAAUCAUCACCUCUUUGCGAGAACACAUCGCUUACAGCAUGUCCGAUUCGCAGCGCAAAUCUUAUUAUUUCUCGAGACUGCUUGCAAAACUGACCGAGUUGCGUUCACUCAGCCUGCAGGGUCUCCAGCGGAUAUUCUACCUGAAACUGGAAGACCUGGUGCCCGCACCGCCGUUAAUUGAGAACAUGUUCAUUGCUAGUUUACCAUUUUGAAAAACACGAUCAUCCAUAUUAUAGCCUAUGUAACGUAAAAUCAUCGAAGUGAAUACGAUUUGCAUAAUAUCUGGCAACCGUUAAUAAUUAUAUCUGUUCUAUUCUGUUGUACCUAUACUUAUACGUAUAUUAUUGUUACCUACAUCAAUACUUAAAUAGCGUAUAGUAUUAUUAUACAUAAGAGAGCGUGUUUCAUUAUUAUUAUUAUUAUUAUUUUUAUUAUUAUUAUUAUUAUUAUUAUUAUUUUUAUUAUUAUUAUUUGUAUUAAUACUUUUAUUUUAUUUUUUCGUUGAGUUUCGAUAUCGAAAAUUUAUCCAAGCCCGGUACAAAGAUCCUCUUAAAGUCUAGGCCAAGUAACUAUUGUAGCAAAUUUUGUUGGCCCCCUGUUAUGUAAUAACACCAAAAAAUGAAAAAAACAACACUAACAAUUCAAGGCAUAGGAUUCAUAAGCAAAUGUUCCACAGGCACGUCUCCAGUUUUCCACGACCCCCAAAAACCCUCAAUUCCGGCUUACAAAUAUCAUGAACAGUUUGAUAUUUUUACAAACACAUUUUAUACCAUGUUUAAAAAUAUUUCAAGGUUUGGGUCAUAUAGUUGUAUAUUAUGCUUGUACAAACUAUUAUAGACGUAUAACCCACAAGAGCACAUUACCUACCUACUUAAUAUGAUGUCCAACUAAUUUUAUGGAAUUCUGAACACUCUGUACAAAUUAUAUUUUAUGCACACACAUAUUAUUAUUAUGUAUUAAAUUUACUAUUUAGUAAUACCUAAUAUUGUAUUUGCCAUUUAUGCGUUUAGCCUACUUUUAUUGAUACAUGUAUAUUAUAAUUGAAAUGUUCACGUUAGUUAACUAUAAUGUUAUGAUAAAUUUACGAGUGCACUUCAGUGGUGUGGUGAAUUCAAACGUUCUCGGAGGCGUUCCAAAAACUUUUUUUUUAACAACUCUGAUCAACCAAAAACUAAUCCCCUAUAAAUAACCCUUUAAAAAUUAACUUAUAUAAUGAAAUAAACUACAACUAAGAUACAUGUCCUUUCAAUAUCACACAAGUGACUGCCUCUAAGGAACCUCAUUCGCCACUGUAUCUGUGUGAGCGUGUGUGUGUGUGUGUGUCCGUGUGUGCGUGUCCGUAUGGUUGGUAUAUGCUUAAAUAGUUAAAUGUAAACCUUAUUAGUAUAUAGAAUAAAUUGCAUUUAUUUUACUGAUUAUUACUUAAUAAUUUUAGUGGUUAAGAAAUAUUAAAAACAAAAUGCCGU